GGAUUGGCAGUGGAUGGCAGGGUAGAACUCUGGCUGUGUCGAAUGCAGAGGAGGGAGAGAGAGAGAGAUUUAUUAUUAGGGUUUAUAUAUAUCCUCUAUAUCAUAUCCAUCGAUUUGAUUUGAAGCUCAACGACUAAUCUGAUUGUGAUCUUGAAGAAAUUUCAAUCUUGCAAUAGGGUUUAGAGUUCUCUUUUCAUCACAAAACAAGUUCAAGAAUAUCUAAUUCGCAGCUAUGACUGAGUAUUGGGUUAGUCAGGGUAACAAAUGGUGCGACUUUUGCAAAAUCUACAUAUCCAACAAUCCUGCUAGCAUCAGAAACCAUGAACUUGGUCAACGUCACAAGGAUAGUGUUGCCAAGAGGCUUGCUUCUAUGAGAACAGAGAAGGCUGCCAAAGAUAAGGAACAAAAGGAAGCCACCCGUGCUCUUGAACAAAUUGAAGCAAAAGCCAACCGUAGUUAUCAGAAGGAUAUAUCAGCUUUCCGAGAGGCCAGAGAUUCCAAUGCCAAUGCAUUAGUUGCUCAAGAGGAUGGUCGGGGGAGUGUGAUUUCUGGAGAAGAGUGGGAGUAUGACAGUUCUUCAGGCUAUUACUGUAAUCAAAGUAAUGGUUGUUUCUACGAUCCGAACUCUGGCUUCUACUACACUGAUGCUUUAGGCAGGUGGGUGACACGAGAAGAGGCAUUUGCUGCAUCUCAAGCUUCUUCAAAUUCAGCCUCAAAAAAGCCUAUUUUGAAAAAGCCAUUGUCAGCUUUGGAGGGUAGAUCAGCUUCAGAAAACAAAGUCGCUGCAAAAUCUCAGAAUAGAGUGGUACCCGGGCCAGUUGUUUCUGCGCCUCUGAAUCCCAAGAGACCCGUUAAAGGUGCUCCUUCAUCUCUCACUGUUAACAAGAGAAAGAGGCAAGAUGAAAAGCCCAAGGUUUUAUCUGAAGAGGAAGCAGCUGCACUUAAAAAAAGAGAGGCUGCAAGGAAGAGAGUUGAGGAGAGAGAGAAGCCGUUGCUUGGCCUUUAUAGACAAUGAUUGAAUCACUGCUGCAAAUACUUGUAUUAUUGUAAGAGGUAUGCUUUAACCUGUUUGUUCUUAAUUUAAAUUGCAAUACAUUAAUUGGUGCACUGCCCUGUCAGACAGCUAAAAUGUUGGCUAGGUGAGAAUUGCUGGAAUGCUAUUUUCUUUCCGACCCUUGUAAGUUGUAACCAUGUUCAAGUUCAUGGUUUUGGUAUCAUGGCCCAACUUGUUAGAAUGUACCAUAGAAAACAUAUAAUGGUCUUGGUGUCUUGCGAAUGCGUGGUUGUACUGUUACUAAUAUGGAUUACACGUAAUUUCAUAAUUGGAAGUCACUCAGCUACUCUAAUUAAUACAUUAGAGGACGGGUUGAAACCUUUUGCUUGGGAA